AUGGACUACCUACCAAGGAUACUAGUCCGGCCAUCGCAUGAUAGACUACAAAUAUCAACUCUGGAAGGCCUGAUCGCCGCGAAACUGUCAGACUCGGACGGAUCGCGCGCUGUCUCCUUCUCCUUCGAGGCCGCCCCAAAUGGCGGUGUCGAGGAGAAACGGGAAGAGACUGGAAUGCUAUGCGACUUAUUUUCCCACACUUUGACCCAAUUCUUGACCGUCACACACAGCGAGGGUAAACGACUUAUCCCGGUUCCCACCAAGUCCCACGGCGCUGAGACCAUUCCCAUUGCGGCGCUCUCCAGCGUUCUGGCAAGCCUUGUGAAAGAACACCUCCAGAAUAGAAAGGAAACAGCCAUCAACAACUCUGUUCAGAACGAGAAAGUUUUGGAAUCUUUGCAGAGAGCCGCGACAACUUUGCAGACAUUCAAAGACGUCUUGACAAUUCAGAAUGGCGCCAGCCAAAUAUCCCAAUUCCAACUGGCAGCAUUGUCUUUGCAGUGUCUUAUCGAGACACUAUACGACUUGACACUACCCCAAUUUCAUUUGCCCACCAUAUAUUCGAUUGCUAAUCCGUACCCUUUCUGGAUCGACAACGUAUUAGUCAACAAAUUGUUGCUCGACUCCGGCUGGGACGAGAGCAAAAUAAGGGCUCUGCCCAAAGACGUCCGAUUCCGUUACUAUGUCAGCUUUUUGAGCAGUGGUGGCCCGGAGCUCAAACGGAGACGGUCUUCUGCAUAUUUUAAGGAACGCUACUCCCCAGCUCAUGUGUCUGGAAAUUGCCGCUGCAUCAGGUUAAACGCAGACCUCGACAUCGGAAACAAAGAAAUCACUAAUCCUUAUUUCAAUCUGGUGACAUUUUCUGCAGUCAGCAGCCACCAUCAUUGCCUCAAAUUAGAGAAACAAAAGCUUCCGUCUGAGAAAGAUGUAAGCUUGACGUUUGUGGCAUUCUCACACUUGAGGUCAGAUGGUCUUGGAUCCAGCGAAGAGAACGCUUUGCCUCGAUGUCAAGUGGAGUACCUUCAAGAUCUGAGCAAUCGACUACUACCAGAAGAGGAUCAUCCAGUUCCGUUUUACAUCGAUACUCUGUGCGUCCCAACGCAAGGCUCUGCGAAAGCCGCUGCUCUCCGAAAUAUGCAACGUAUUUUCGGAAGUGCGCGUAAGGUGCUUGCGCUCGACAUUGGGCUUUCCGCCACAGCAGUGUCUCCCCUCCCCCAAGAAAACUUAACACGAAUACGUUACUCCUCCUUCAUGCAGAGGUUGUAUACAGUGGCGGAAUGCGCAGUGUCUUUAGACAUGUACUUCCAUUUUCAGGGUGGCACCUUUGUUUCCUUGACCGAUCUUAUCUCGACAUACGACGCCAACGAGGAAUUCCCCUUGCUAAGCAUGGUCAGCUUCAAGGACCGCAGGCGAAACACAUUGACGUUGCAAGAUUUUGAAGAUUUGUCACUUGCAUUGGUAUGGCUGAGUGACGAUCUCCAUGUCCUGAAAAUGUAUUCAAGAGGACAAUUAGACGGGCCGUUGCCUAAAAUUGACGUUGACUCAGUCUUCCCUCUGGUCUCUGGAGAGCGGUCUCCUAGCCACGAGGUAUGUGGCAUGCAUUUCUUGCGAAGACUCCUUCGACUUGGCUUCCUAGCACUCCCUCAUAUGAGGUAUUUUGCACAAGCCGAUGAAGCUGCAAAUCUGGAUGAAGUCGCCCAUAAAAUACUCGACGCAUACAGGGACAUCUUGGGCGAGUCCGAGUCUGCAGCAAAGACCAAUAACCGGAGGCUGCUCCCCGGCCAGGUUCCUGAACGCUCUACCGUCGAUUGCGUCUUGAGUCGCCUAGGGAAGGUAUACAAACUGAACAGCUCAAUGAAGGUAUAG